CGUUCUUUCGUUUCCGGCAUCUCCGAGUGCGGACACAUUUUGAUUAAUUAAAAGAAAAUCUCUUUUAAUUAAGCAACAUCCUCCAAUAUGGUUAAGGCAAAGCGCGAGAAGAAGCCGAAGUCGGCGAUUAACGAGGUGGUGACACGGGAGUGCACCAUCAACCUGAACCGGCGAUUGCACACGGUCGGGUACAAGAAGCGGUCCCCGCGCGCGAUCAAGAUCGUGCGAAAGUUCGCGGAGAAGGAAAUGGGCACCACAGAUGUUCGCAUCGACACCCGCCUGAACAAGGCCAUCUGGCACCGUGGCAUCCGGAAUCCGCCGUUCCGCAUACGUGUGCGCCUUUCGCGUCGCCGUAACGAUGAUGAGGACUCGCCCAACAAGCUGUACACGCUGGUCACGUACGUCCCGGUGUCCACGUUCAAGGAACUGCAGACCGAGAACGUUGAAUCGACGGAAGAUUAAGCUUUGAUCGGACGGAGCUUUGUAAAUACUGUGAGGCUCUGUGGUCGAGCGUUUUACUUUGUGCGUCCAUAAUACGGUGCGACGGUCAAUAAAGAGGUGAAGAAAGGGAUUGCCACCAGCCGAAUCCCUCGUUAAAAUCAA